AUGAAAAAGGGCGAUUUUGUAGAAAUUCAAGCUCACAUUACCGUUAUAGUAACUUUACAAGAUGAGAUUUUCAGCCAGGCGCAAGUGAUAAAACCGUUCAACCCUGCAUCGAUCAAGGAAGCAUUGCUUCGUUGGUGUCAGCAUAAGCUUCAAGGGUACCCCGUAAAAGUUACAAAUUUUUCGUCAUCAUGGGCAGAUGGAAUGGCAUUUUGUGCGCUAAUCCAUCGUUUUGCACCAGAUGCAUUCGAUUUUAAUAUGUUGGAUCCAAGAAACAGGAGAGGAAAUUUUGAAUUAGCGUUUAAAGUGGCCGAAGAUAAUGGAGUUGUACCGCUGUUAGAGGUGGACGAUAUGUUAAUGAUGGGCGAUCGGCCAGACUGGAAAUGUGUUUUUACAUACGUACAGACGUUCUAUAAGGAGUUUAAAGAUCGGCCGUAA